AUGAUGUUGAAAAUCUCUCGCAUCCAGCGGCUGAGUGUCGUCAUCGGCAUUUCAUUCUGUUUCUUCCUUGCCGAGAUUUCGAUCGGGUUCUACACACAUUCUCUGGCCUUGGUGGCAGAUGCUUUUCACUAUCUGAAUGAUCUGGUCGGUUUCAUCAUCGCCCUUGUGGCCGCCAUCGUUGCCGAAAGAACGGAGGCUCCCAAGGCACUGACCUUUGGCUGGCAACGAAUCCAGCUUCUGGGCGCCUUUUUCAAUGGAGUCCUUCUGUUUGGUCUAGGCAUAAGUGUCUUCUUGCAAUCCAUCGAGCGGUUCAUUUCCUUACAGAAGGUUGAGAAUCCCAAGUUCGUUUUGAUAAUGGGGUGUAUAGGCUUCGGCCUCAAUCUCAUCAGCAUCCUCUUCUUACACGACCACGGCCAUGAUCACGGCGAUGGUCAUAGCCACGGCCACAGCCACGGAAACGACCAUAGCCAUAGUCAUGGCACAGAUAGUGGCGAAGGCUCCGCCCCUGAAGCCUCUACAGACACAGAUCCAGACGCAGUCGGUCUGAUGGAUGGAAAGCACAUCCACCAUAAACACCAUGUCAAUAAACAGAACACCUCCCUUAAGCCGCACCGAGAUCUCGCCAUGAUGGGCGUGCUCCUCCACGUCAUCGGCGACUGCGCGAAUAACCUUGGUGUCAUCAUCGCCGCAGCAGUGAUCUGGUUCGCCAACUACGGUGGUCGAUUCUACGCCGAUCCAGCCGUAAGCAUGGGUAUCGCGAUUAUGAUCUUCCUCUCCUCCAUCCCACUUAUCAAACACUCCGGACUCAUCCUCCUCCAAAGCGCACCCCGGGGCGUCGACCACGACGACGUCAAGCAUGACCUCGAACAAGUCCCCGGCGUCCUGGCCGUGCACGAGCUACACAUCUGGCGCCUGAACCAGACCAAGUCCCUUGCUUCUGCGCAUGUCGUUCUAGACGGCGAUAUCAUUCUCGACUUUGACAGUCUUGCCAAGACAAUUCGGGAAUGUUUCCAUGCAUACGGUAUUCAUUCUGUGACGCUUCAACCGGAGAUUCAUACUAGUCGACAAGUUUCGACUGCGGGCCAAUCAACGCAUAGCUCGGGGGUGGAUACUGGGAUUGGAGAAGGCGAGAGUAGUGCCAAGAGGAGGCAGAGUCUUGAGAGGGCGAUUAAUCAGUGUAAGACUGGUUGUGGGAGUCUGUGUUUGGAUUUGACCUGCUGUCGUUGA